AUGGCUAAAGAUAAAAUAGAUAUACUUCAUAUUGAAGAGGCUGUAUCUGAUAAUUAUUCAGACAAAUUUCCUGCUAAUGCAAAUCUUGAAAUAAAUGAGGAUGCGAGACAAGCUACUGAUAACGAGCAUGCCUUAACUCUCAGGGAAGCAUUUAAGUCUCAUAAACCUGCAAUUCUUUGGUCUAUGGUGUUGUCGGCGACUAUAAUAAUGGAAGGGUAUGACAAUAUUCUUAUGUCGUCUUUUUUUGCUUAUCCUUCUUUUCAAAAGAAAUAUGGAGUUGAUAUAGGUGAUGGUGAAUAUCAGCUCCUUACAAGAUGGCAGACAGCUCUUGGAACUGCCCCAAAUGUUGGAACAAUACUUGGUGUAUUCGCCAAUGGAUAUUUAACUGAAAGAUUUGGACAUAGAAGGGUCAUUAUGGUGAGUUUAAUAUUUAUGUGUGCAUUUGUUUUUAUCCCAUUUUUUGCUCCUUCAGUUGAAAUACUACUUGUUGGUCAAAUAUUAUGUGGUCUUCCUUGGGGUGUAUUUGCUACAAUGGGUCCUACUUAUUCAUCUGAGGUUUGUCCUAUGGCAUUAAGAGGUUAUCUUACUGCUUAUGUUAAUAUGUGCUGGGCAAUUGGUCAAUUUGUUGCAGCGGGGGUUCUUAAAGCACUUGUUGCCAAUACUACUGAGUGGUCCUACAGGAUUCCUUUUGCAAUUCAAUGGGCAUGGCCAAUACCUUUAUUUAUACUAACGUGGGCUGCUCCAGAUUCUCCAUGGUGGCUUAUUAGAAAAGGUAGGAUUGCAGAUGCUGAAAAGUCAAUAAAAAGGCUUGGCUCUAAAUCUAUACAACAUAAAGCACAUCAGGCAGUUGCGCUUAUGAUCCACACCAACGAACUUGAACAACAGCAAGAAAAUCUUACAAAAGAUGACGUCAAAGGAUUAAGAAGUUAUUUGAAAUGUUUUCAAGGCUCAAACCUUCGUAGAACAGAAAUUGCUUGUAUCGCAUUUGCAGGCCAAGUGCUUUCUGGAUCUACCUUUGCUUAUUCUCCGAGUUACUUUUUUUCACAAGCUGGUCUAAAUAGUAACGACACAUAUAAACUAAAUCUUGGAGUUACUGGUAUAGCAUUUACAGGCACAUUCUGUUCUUGGUUUUUGUUGAAGCGUUUUGGUCGAAGAACUAUUUACGUUAGUGGGUAUUUGAUGUUAGUUAUAAUGCUCUUCCUCAUUGGAAUUUUAGCUGUUCCUGCAGAAAAUAAUGCAAAUGUUAGAUGGGCUCAGGCUGCAUUGACUUUGAUUUGGGUUGCCACAUAUGCUCUUACUAUUGGACCUUUGGCAUUUACAAUUGUUAGUGAAAUGUCUGCGACAAGAUUACGCGCACAAUCGGUUGCACUUGCAAGAAAUGCUUAUAAUUUAGCUUCUUUAAUAUCUAAUGUAGUAGAACCCUAUCUUAUUACCCCAACUGGAGCUGACCUUAAGGGCAAAACAGCUUUUGUAUGGUUUGCUACUGCAUUGCCUACCCUCAUUUGGAGUUAUUUUAGGCUUCCUGAAACUAAAGAUAGAACGUAUGAAGAAUUGGAUAUUUUAUUUGAAAAAGGUAUUCUGGCCAGAAAGUUCUCAUCUUACGUUUUAGAUACUGGGGCUGCUGGUUUAAAUUCAGAAAAAACUGAGGAGACAAAGUUUACUUGA